AUGUUCGCAGAUGAUACAAGUAUUAGUUAUGCAUCCGACUCUGCCAAAGAGCUCCAAAAUGUCAUUAACACCGAAUUGAAAGGUCUAAGCGAUUGGCUAACCACUAAUAAACUAAGCUUAAAUAUUGUAAAAACAGAAUUCAUGGUAGUUGGAUCUAGACAGAGAAUAAAAACACUAAAUAAUGAAAUAGAUAUUGAGAUAAACGGUACUAUGGUCAACCAAGUUACUUCG